CCCAUACAUGUACCGUCGUCGAAUGCUGUACCCUGGAGUGGAACCACCAGACGAAACGAAGGCACACACCGCCAAAACGACAUCUCUUUAUGUCUAUCCAGCAGUGCCGGCUUCCUCGUGAAGCGUACACCGUCGGAUGGGUUUGCGCGUUGCCGUGUGAGCUGACGGCGGCAGUGGAGAUGCUUGAUGAAGAGCACGAAAACGUAGACUGCGAUGAUGGAAAUCUAUAUACCCUUGGCUCCAUCAACGGUCACAACGUCGCGAUAGUUUGCCUUCCAGCAGGAUGCAUCGGUAACAACCCGGCUGCAACAGUCGCGACACACAUGAGGACUACGUUCCAGAGGAUCCGCUUCGCGCUCAUGGUAGGCAUCGGCGGGGGUGUCCCUAGCAAAGAAGCCGAUAUUCGUCUUGGCGAUGUUGUGGUAAGCCAGCCAAAUAAAACUUCGGGUGGCGUUGUACAAUACGACAUGGGGAGAGCGACUCCUACUGGUUUUGUGCGAACAGGUUCACUCAAUGCUCCGCCAAGGAUAUUACUCAAUGCGGUAGCCAAGAUUCAAGCAAAUGAAGGGUUGGGAAGGUCUCAAAUAUCCCGCCAUCUCAAAAAGGUCUCCGAUCGAAAUCCUAGAUUUCGGCGCGAGAGGGCUGGAGUCGAUAUCCUCUUCGAUGCUGCGUACGAUCAUGUGGGUGGAAAUACCUGUGAGGAGUGUGAUGCAGCCAAGCAAGAGUCCAGAGCGCCGCGUAGGGACAGCGAGAAAGUGAGAACACAUUACGGAGUCAUUGCGUCUGGCAACCAGGUGAUGAGAUUUGCGACCGAAAGAGACAAAGUGGCUGAAGAACUCGGCGGCGGAAUACUCUGUUUCGAAAUGGAGGCCGCGGGUCUGAUGAGCAGCUUCGAAUGCCUUGUUAUCCGAGGCAUUUGCGAUUAUUCCGAUUCCCACAAAAACAAAAAAUGGCAAACAUACGCUGCAGGCGCUGCAGCGGCGUACGCGAAAGAGAUAUUAUCUGUGCUUCCCGCCACCCUUUCCACAAGCAGAAUCGAAAGACAGAUGCGUGACGACGAUGAGAUUAGAAGCGAGAUCGGAUUGGAACACUCGGACGAGAUCAUAUUACCAAGGACUCGCAGAUCUUCAGCACUGAUUCCUUUCCGGAGAGAUCGAGGGUUUGUUGGUCGUCGGGACACCCUGAACCAGCUGAGUACAAAGUUCGAGGGCGAAUCGCCAAAGGAUCACGCCCGCGUUGCACUUGUAGGUUUGGGUGGGGUUGGAAAGUCUCAAAUUGCCAUUGAAUAUGCGUAUAGGCUUCGGGACCUUUAUCCUGACACCUGGGUAUUUUGGGUAUACGCAGGCAAUGCUACUCGCUUCAAACAAGCUUAUCGAGAUAUUGCCACCAGAGUAGAGCUUCCGGGAUGGGACAACCCUAAAUCAGAGAUACUGCAGGUAGUGUACAACUGGCUUCGCGACGAGAAUAAUGGGCGUUGGCUCAUGAUACUUGACAACGCUGACGACGACCGAAUUUUCACCACUUCCGUGGACCCAGAAUCCGAGCCAGUCGCGGCGGGUGACAUGGCCCCCCUGGAAAGUUUUUUACCUCAGUCUUCCAAUGGAUGGAUUUUAGUCACCUCGCGGGACCAACAUACUGCGAUGAACCUUGUGGAAUCGAGCCGGCAACUGCUCCAGGUCGACCCAAUGUCAGAGGAAGAAGCGUUAUUGUUGCUUGAGAAAAAAGCCUUCAUUAACAGCAGGUCGGAGACUGAUGAUGCUAGAGUACUUGUGCAUAAGCUGGAGCAUAUGCCUUUAGCGAUCACACAGGCGGCAGCCUAUAUGACAGCUAACCCCAUGAGAUCCACACCGCUAGGGUAUCUCGAGAUUUUCCAGAAAAGUGAAGAAGAUCAGGCAAGAUUGCUCAAGAAUGCGGUUUCCAGAGACCUUCGACGGGACAAGUCAGUGCCAAACGCAGUGUUCAUCACCUGGUAUAUAUCCUUUAACCUGAUCCGCGACACCAACCCCAAGGCUGCGGAGAUGCUAUCGCUUAUGGCCAUGUUUGACAAAAAGUCAAUACCCGCUUUGUUGCUGCGUCCUGAUAGAGAUGUUGAGGUAUUCGAGGCGGCAGCGAGGACCUUGUCGGAUUUCAACCUGGUUAAGAUUCAGGGUGUGCCGCAUAUGUUUGACAUGCAUGGGUUGGUGCAACUGGCCACCAAGUCAUGGUUAAAAGACCACCAAAAGCUGGAGGCAAUGAGACAAAAAGCCUUGAGUGUCAUGGCCUCGAUCUCCACAGAGACACUCCAGGAUCACACCGGAGCUGCUCGAGUUUUGUUCCCACACGCACAAAGAACGUUGGAUUAUGUCUCUGAAGACUCAGAAGCGAAGAUCAAUCGAGCUCAAAUAGCCUCCAGUGUUGCAAAGUAUCUCCAGUAUGGGGGUGAAUAUGCUGAAGCUGGGGAGUUGUGUCGUGACGCUGUAGUUGUAAUGACGAGUGUGUUAGGCGAACAAAACAAGAAGACGUUGAACUGUAUGGCACAUCUCGCAUCAAUACAGUACACAAGGGGAAAUCUGUUGCAAGCCGAAUCUUUACAAAGGAAAGUUCUGGAAGGCUUGCAGAAAAUUGGUGAAGCGGAAAGCCCUGAUAUGUUUCGAGGCUUCGCGGUCAUGGGAGACAUUCUCUUGGAGACCCAUAACUAUGAUGAAGCAGAGGAAUACAUAUGGCAAGCUGUAAGAGGACUGCAAGGAACCCUUGGGUUCGAACACAAAGAUACUCUUCGCACCUGCUCGUCUUUAUUGCGAAUACUGCGCACACGAGGCAAGCAUGAGAUAACGGAAAGCAUGCACCAUGAGAUCAUAGGUGGGCUUACCAAAGCGCUUGGAAGUGAACAUUUAUGGACGAUUGCGAGUAAAGCCUACCUUGCUGACUUCUUCACAAAUCGAGCAAAGUAUCCGCAAGCCCAAAAGACCUGGCAGGAUAUUAUUGAGACAACCCAGAAAUCGCACGGAACUGAGCACCCGCAGACUCUUAUUGCCACUACUAAACUCGGAUAUGUUCUGGACUGCCAAGGAAAGCACACGGAGGGCGAAAGACUAUUGCGGGAAAACUUCGAAAAGACUUCGAGAAUUUUGAAGAACAAACAUCCGCAAACACUAGACAAUGCGUACUGUCUUGCGCUGGCUUUAGUGCAUCAAGAUCGAGACGCCGAUGCUAUGGGAAUACUUCCACAAACCAUCAAACAUUUAGUCGAAGUUUACGGCCCAGAGGACCAAUAUCCCCGUAAAAUUACUGGAAUGUUCGUUACACUGUUCAAGGAAAAGAACUUAUAUCGGGAGGCAGAAAUUCUUGAGCAGAUAUUGAACUGUCAAGAAAGCACAUGA